AUGAAGCUGAAGGACUCAUUCCUUGCUUCUCAUAGUCAACAGAGGAAGAGUUCAGGUUGGCUUGAAAGCAGGAAGAGAUUGCUUGUCUUCCAGCCAAAUCCAGCCUCCAAAAUGAUCCAGGUUCUAUUGGUAACUAUAUGCUUAGCAGCUUUUCCUUAUCAAGGGAGCUCUAUAAUUCUGGAAUCUGGGAACGUGAAUGAUUCUGAAAUAGUCUAUCCACGAAAAGUCACUGCAUUGCCCAAAGGAGCAGUUCAGCAAAAGUAUGAAGACGCCAUGCAAUAUGAAUUUAAGGUGAAUGGAGAGCCAGUGGUCCUUCACCUGGAAAAAAAUAAAGGACUUUUUUCAAAAGAUUACAGUGAGACUCAUUAUUCCCCCGAUGGCAGAGAAAUUACAACAAACCCUUCGGUUGAGGAUCACUGCUAUUAUCAUGGACACAUCUCGAAUGAUGCUGACUCAACUGCAAGCAUCAGUGCAUGCAACGGUUUGAAAGGACAUUUCAAGCUUCAAGGGGAGAUGUACCUCAUUGAACCCUUGGAGCUUCCCGACAGUGAAGCCCAUGCAGUCUUCAAAUAUGAAAAUGUAGAAAAGGAGGAUGAGGCCCCCAAAAUGUGUGGGGUAACCCAGAAUUGGGAAUCAUAUGAGCCCAUCAAAAAGACCUCUCAUUUAGAUGUUACUGCUGAACAACAAAGAUAUAAACCCUAUAAAUACAUUGAGCUUUUUCUAGUUGUGGACCAAGGAAUGGUCACGAAAAACAAUGGCGAUUUAGAUAAGAUAAAAACAAGAAUGUAUGAACUUGCCAACACUGUGAAUGAUAUUUUCAGACCUUUGAAUAUUCGCGUAACUCUGACUGGCCUAGAAAUUUGGUCCAACCAAGAUUUGAUUACCAUGACGUCAGCAGCAAAUGUUGCUUUGGACUCAUUUGGAAACUGGAGAGCGACAGAUUUGCUGAAGCGCAAAAGACAUGAUAAUGCUCAGUUACUCACGGCCAUUGACCUCGAUGGAACAACUAUAGGAAUAGCUAACAUAGACGGCAUGUGCGACCUGAAGCGUUCUGUAGGAAUUGUCCAGGAUCAUAGUGAAAUAAAUCUUCGGGUUGCAGUUACAAUGGCCCAUGAGCUGGGUCAUAAUCUGGGCAUGGGUCAUGACAAUAAUUCCUGUUCUUGCGGUGGUUACUCAUGCAUUAUGUCUCCCGUGUUAAGCCCUGAACCUUCCACAUUUUUCAGCAAUUGUAGUUAUUUCGACUGUUGGGACUUUAUUAUGAAUCACAACCCAGAAUGCAUUCUCAAUGAACCCUUGAGAACAGAUACUAUUUCACCUCCAGUUUGUGGAAAUGAACUUUUGGAGAUGGGAGAAGAAUGUGACUGUGGCACUCCUGAAAAUUGUCAAAAUGAGUGCUGCGAUGCUGCAACGUGUAAACUGAAAUCAGGGUCACAGUGUGGACAUGGAGACUGUUGUGAGCAAUGCAAAUUUAUAAAAGCAGGAACAGUAUGCCGGCCAUCCAGGAGUGAGUGUGACAUUGCUGAAAGCUGCACUGGCCGAUCUGCUGAGUGCCCCAUGGAUAGAUUCCAUAGGAAUGGACAACCAUGCCUAAACAAUGAAGGUUACUGUUACAAUGGGAAGUGCCCCAUCAUGGAUCACCAAUGUAUUUCUCUCUAUGGGUCAAGAGCAACUGUGGCUCCAGAUUCAUGUUUUGAUCGUAACCUGCAAGGCCAAGGUAAUUUCUACUGCAGAAGGGAAAAGGGUAAAAUCUUUCCAUGUGCACCACGGGAUAAAAAGUGUGGCAGGUUAUUCUGCGUACUGGAUCGAAUUGGAUAUAAAAGUUCAUGCCAAAGUAGAGCUAUACCAAAUGACCUAGAUUUUGGAAUGGUUACUGUUAGAACAAAAUGUGGAGAUGGAAAGGUCUGCAACAGCAACAGGCAGUGUGUUGAUGUGAAUACAGUCUACUAAUCAGCCCGUGCUUCUCACAGGUUUAAUUUUGGAGAUCCUUCUUCCAGAAGGUUUUACCUCCAAGACCCAUCUGCCUGCAACCUACUAGUAAAUCACUCUUAGUUUCCAGACGCUAUCCAAAGUCUGCAAUAUUUCUUCUCCAUAUUUAAUCUGAUUAUCUUUUGCUGUAAUCAAACCUUUUUCCCACCACAAAGCUCCAUGGGCAUGUACAACACCAAGGGCUUAUUUGCUGUCAAGAAAAAAAAAUGGCCAUUUUACCGUUUGCCAAUUGCAGAGCACAUUUAAACGCAACAAGUUCUGCCUUUUGAGCUGAUGUAUUCGAAGUCAAUGCUUCCUCUCCCACAAUUUCACGCUGGCUUUCCAAGAUAUAACUGCUUCCAUUAAUAAACUAACUAUUCUCAUUCUG